UUCUAUAGGUUCCUGAGGGGGGGGGGUGGAAACACAGCACUUUUUCUUCAAUUCCCGGAACUCUGACCUCAAGAAUCUCCCCACCUACCUGAGGGAGGUAUGGAAGGAGAUGGGCUUGCCUGGAAGCCCCACCUUCACUGACAUACGGACCUCAAUCUCAACUCAUUGCAAAAAAGGACCGGGAGACAGUGGCUCGGUUCAUGUGCCAUGACACCAGGACGGCGGACAGGUUUUACGCCAUCAGCCUCAACCCGACCCAGGCCAUGGAGGUUAGAUCCUUAUUCCAGGCAGCUUUGGAGGGCGAGGACCAGGUACCAGUGAGCCAGAGACACCCCUCAACCUCAAAACCAUCAGAAAGGUGCAAGGGAAAGGCAGCGGAAGACGAGUCCCUUUCUGAGGGGAGCACUUCUUCUGAAGCCACAAAGGUCCAGUACCAAGAGUCCGGGACAUCAUCCCCGGGUUCUGAGUCUGAGUCGUCCUCGUCGUCAGGGGUGGGGCAGAUGGCUACACUACCUCAAACACCUCCUAAGAGACCAGCACCGGAGAGCGAAGAGCACCCCACGCCCUCCAAACUGCCGGUGACAGACAGGCGCAGUGUCAUGGUCUCCAUCACCCCGAUGAAGAUGUCCCCGCUGAAAUCGAAGAGCAAAACUAGACACGUCUCUCCUGUCCUGACCCAGCAGGGGAUAAGGAAGCUGAGAGCAACAAGCGCCCGGCUCAAGAGGGCCAUUGCCUCAAGGAGGCUAAAAAUGGAAGAUGAAAACAUAAACUCUCCCGGGGAAAAGUAUUGACUGAAGUCCGCAAGGCAGGAAAAGGGAUCUUCCUGCAGGGACACGUCGUCACUCUCAUACAGAAGGGCCAAAAGGGAGCCUUCUUCCAGGGGCAUGUCUCCAAUGAGGUUUGAUAGGCAGGAAAAGGGAUCUUCCUGCAGGGACACGUCGUCACUCUCAUACAGAAGGGCCAAAAGGGAGCCUUCUUCCAGGGGCAUGUCUCCAAUGAGGUUUGAUAGGCAGGAAAAGGGAUCUUCCUGCAGGGACACGUCGUCAUCAUGAAAGCAAAGGUUCUCCCAGGAACGUGACCUCAUCAAAGUUCAGUGGAAAUGACGUGGAACAUUCUCCUUGGGACAUAUGUUCACCCACGUUUGAUGGAGAUGAAACAGAACAUCCUAGUGGCACGUCUUCACCUAUGAAUGCGGUUUCACCCUCAUUGUCCAGCUCCUUCAGGUCAAAGUCAGUGACCAGUGGAGCAGGUGGAUUGGUCAUCCUGAGAGCCCUUAAUUUGGACAGUGUGAGGCCUCUUCUUAGGAUGAUCAUUUGUGCUUUGAUUUCUGAAUCCUGAAAUGAAAAACAGACAAAGACACAUUUGUAAGAGUUAAAUUAUGCAUUUAAACAAAUGCUUUGUUUACAUGCUUCAGGAAAUAAGUCCCUAGGUAAAGGUAA